AUGCUUUUCUUUCUUUCUUUCUUUCUUUCUUUUUCCCAACGCUUCUUUCUUUCUUUCUUUCUUUCUUUCCUUCCUUUGGUCGCUUCUUUGUUUCUUUUAUUUCAUGCAAAUGUUUUUGCUUUGAUUUCACCCAACUUUCUUUCUUUCUUUCUUUCUUUCUUUUGGUCGCUUCUUUGUUUCUUUUAUUUCAUGCAAAUGUUUUUCUCUUAUUUCAACCAUCAUUCUUUCUUUCUUUCUUUCUUUCUUUCUUUCUUUCUUUCUUUCUUUCUCCCAACGCUUCUUUCUUUUUUUCUUUUUUUUAUUAUGAUUUUUCUUUGUCAUAAUUUAGGCUUUUCUUUCUUUCUUUCUUUCUUUCUUUCUUUCUUUCUUUCUUUCUUUCUUUCUUUCUUUCUUUUUAUUGAAAAUGCAGGCGGAAAAUCUAUCUAUCUAUCUAUCUAUCUAUCUAUCUAUCUAUCUAUCUAUCUCAGUCAUUUCAUAUCUAUCUAUUUCAGUCUGUUCAUAUCUAUCUAUCUAUCUAUCUAUCUAUCUAUCUAUCUAUCUAUCUAUCUAUCUACCACAUUAUUUUAG